AUGGCCACUGCAAAGGAAACGACAGGAGAAAAAACGCAAUCAUCCCAUGCCAAUAAGGCAUUGGCAGCAUCAGCAAUUGCAGGUCUAACUGCGACAGCAGACAAGGAACUUGCUCCAGAUGGGUAUCCAAAAGACUGCCCGGCAGAUGUUGAAGAGUUAGGGCGUUCAACAUGGACAUUUUUACAUACUGUUGCAGCUACAUAUCCGGAGAGUGCCACGGAACAGCAGCAGAAGGAGAUGAAGGCAUUUCUGGAGACUUUUUCUAAAAUAUAUCCCUGCUGGUUUUGCGCUAAAGGAUUUAGAAAGUAUAUAAAGGCCAACGAGCCGAAGGUGAUGACACAGGAUGAAUUCGGUAGAUGGCUUUGCGAUGCACACAAUGCUGUGAACAAGAAGCUUGGAAAGCCACAUUUCGAUUGUAACUUGUGGAAGAAAAGAUGGAAGGAUGGCUGGGGGGACGGAAAGUGCGAUUAG